UGUCCUGUACACCCCAAUUCACUCCCCACUCCGUUCCCCAUUUCCCCGGCCGUGUCUGCGAGUGCGCCGGCGGGUGGAGAGCAUUGCGGCCAAAUCUGCCGUCCAGCCAGCCGCCGGCCAUGCAGGCCGCCGCAGCGCCAGCGGCACCCGUGCCCGACCAGGGGGAAUCCCAUGGGACCGCAGCGAAGACGGCACGGUAUGGCGACUGUGGCGAGAGCGCCGCCGAUUUCAUCAGCAGGGUCCCCGAUGCCGUCCUCUGCACCAUCAUCUCCCUCCUCCCCACCAAGGACGGCGGCCGCACGCAGGUCUUCUCCCGCCGAUGGCGCCCGCUGUGGCGCUCCGCGCCUCUCAACCUCGAGGUCCGCACCCCAUACCCCGGCCUCGGCGUCCCCGUCCGCACCUCCUCCAUCUCCCCCGAUGCCGUCUCCAAGGUAAUCUCCCAGCAUCCUGGCCCCGCCCGCCGGUUCUGCUUCCACGGACUCCUUCCCGGCGACCUGCACGACCAGGUAGAGACCUGGUUCCGCUCCCGAGCCCUUGCCAAGCUUGACGAGCUCGAUGUCGGCUACACGUUCCGCGAUGUACUUAAUCGGGAGGGAAACCCGCUGCCGCCAUCCGCGCUCCGCUCUGCACCUACUCUCCUAGUUGCCAAUAUCAGCUGUUGUGAUUUGCCCCGAGAGAUUGUGCCGUCCGUGGGCUUUGACCUCCUCCAGCAUCUCUCCCUGGUCUCCGUAUCCAUCUCAGUGGAUGUCUUCCACGGGCUGCUCUCUGCUUGCCGUGCCUUGAAGAGCUUACAAAUGUCCGAAAUUCUUGAUGCGCGUUGCCUCCGUGUUCGCUCGCCUACUCUUAUGAGUAUAAGCUUCCGUGACACCCGUGGUAAAGUAGAGCUGGUCAUCGAGGAUGCGCCUUGCCUUGUGAGGUUACUAAUACCUUUUGAUCGCCGAGAUGAUUGUGGUACUAUCCGGGUAAUUUGCGCGCCUAAAUUGGAGAUAUUGGGCCCUUUGUUGCCUGUCGUCUCCCAGGGAGUAAGUUCAGUCGGCUUGGCAAACUCGAUGCACACCGUGAAGAUUUUGGCUCUUAGGUGUUCUGGAUAUGAAUUGGAUGGGGUUCUUAAUAUCCUUAGGAAGUUCCCCUGUCUCGAGAAGCUCUAUAUCAUUUUUCACAAACACCAUGGGACAGAUAAGAAAAUCGAGCCUCAGUAUGACCGACUAUAUCCAAUUGAAUGCCUUCAAACCCAUCUCAAAACAGUGGUGUUUGAAACAUUCGUGGGCCAUGAUAAACAGCUUAACUUUGCCAGGUUCUUCGUUUUGAAUGCAAAGGUGCUAAAAAACAUUGAAUUUGAAGGAGUGUAUGGUGCCAAUGACAGCGUGUCGCUGGCUUACCAACACACGCUGCUACGAGUGGAAAACAGAGCUUCUCGAGAUGCCCAAUUUGAAUUCAGGAGUAGACAUCGCGAUACUGAGAAUCAUCUCCUCAAGCAUAUCCAUGAUCUGUCAGUGGCUGACCCCUUCGAACAGCCAUAGACAGGGUUGGUGCCUGAAGAUUGCACUGUUCUUAGUGUCCUGUGCUUGUUUUGUAGACGGUAUUGAUUCCUUAAGAUCGCAUCCUGUUCUGCAUAGACCUGCUCUAUUUUCUAGCCUAAGGUUCCUCUGCAAUUCAAGUAACUUUGAAGUUGCCACUGUUAACACUGCAAGAGAUGCUUUUGGAUGCAAAAACAGGGUGGGAAAUUUCUGAUGGGGAAGGAUGCAAAAACAUCACUGCUGAAAGUUGUAACUGGUGACAGCUGGUAAGUGGUAACCCCAUCUGCCAAAACUGCUACUGGCUACGGUGUUAUCCUGUGCAAUCGUUCGCGGCUUUGCUCUGCCUAAGCUGUGGUAGGAACACAUCCUUGUGUUGAAAACUUAAUUGUCUUCUCAGUUAGUACAUGCAAAAGCAGGAGAUGUUUUGUUGCUGCUCUGUUUUUUAUGUGUGUGUGCCUAUAUCAUUUGCUUGAUGCUUACAAAGUCUUCAUAUAGCACAUGUAGGCUAGGCCCCUAUGCUUAUAAAGACUUGUGCAUAAAGAAUUUGUCUUUUUAGUUAUGACUAUAUACAGAAGCACAAGAUGUUUGACUGCUGA